GCCCUAUAACAGAAGCAGUCCAGUUGCUCACAAGUGUCUCAGCGAUGAAAUAUUUUUAACUACACUCUGCAGAGAAGGUCAGUAGUCAAAGGUCAGUCUAUUUUCAAUGCUCAGAGGUGUUUAAAAAAACCCACCCUGUUCUCAAAUUACAGUCACUUUGGUGAGGUGUUUUUUUAUGUUUGCAAGGACACCAUACUGUGGAAUUAAGAUGGUGCUGAAAUCAGAAAGUUGAAAUAGAUAAGGAGAUACUACUGAUCGAACCUAGGUCUUCUGCUGGUAUACAUUUGAUUAACCUGAAGUACUUUGGGUAUAAGAACAUCAUAUCUGCUUGUGGUCAUACUUUACUACUACAAAAUUUAAAUAACACCAGCUCUGCUAGAGAAGAUCACAUCAAUGUUACUUAUGCAAAAAUUUGUCACAUGAACUUAAUUGCAAGUAUACAAGAAUAAUUACAAUUAUUCUUACAGCAAUGGCAAACAUAUUUGCAGAAUAUUUCACAUCAAGGCUGCCCAAUUCCCCCCACAAAUUCACAUGGUGUUGAACGUUGCUUACUCAUUCAGGCUGUAUGCAGGCGUGGAUAAUUUAACGGGCUCAUCAAACAGUUUUCUGACAGGUCUCUGAAAUGUAAGCCUGAGGCAGAGUUUCAUCUGUCCGGAAGAAGGGAGGGGAAACUGUACUCAAGUAUGUGAGAGGGGGAAAUACCACACAGUUAAUUUUUCUGUGCCUGAAUACGAGGCAUACAUGAACAAAAUGCAGCCUGGCCAGACAGCAUCCUUGCAGCCAAGACUUUGACUGGGGACAUCAGAGCUGAAAUCCCUACUUAGCCAAGAAGCUCACUGAAUUGUCUAAGGCGAAUUACUCUUGCUCAGUCUCACAGACUUCACAGGGCUGUUGUGGUGAUAAAUAUUUGUGUGUGUGUGUGUGUGUGUGUGUGUGUGUGUGUGUGUGUGUGAUCAAACACUUCUAACCUGUUGCUUGGAGGCAGGAUGGGAUAAAUAAGGAAUGAAUAAUCAGUUCAUUGGAGCCAACUGCUAGGGGCCGAGGUCCCUUCGCCCCCACAAUCAAAUAUUUGAGGGGGCCAUUCUUCCCAAAAGUUGAUGGGCAUUGCCAUUCAAAUGGUGUGGGUGCACUCCAUCAUGUGAUUGAUUAUGUGGGGUGGGGCUUACUUGCCCCACCAUAUAUUUUAUUCAAGUUGGCAGCCCUGAAUCAGUUCUUCGCAGUUGCUGUUGGUAUUUGUGCCGCUAGUGCAAAAAAUGUGAUCAUUCUAGCGUGUGGUGCCAUCUUGUGGCCUUUCCAUGGAAACAAAGCCUUACUAAUAGUAAAAAGCAAAUUCUCAAGGUGGAGCUAUACGUUACUAGGCAAAUUUGGGGCCCUGCUAAUUUGUGUGUGUAGGGGAGAAUCAGUGGGCAAGAGGUGGGUACUUUAACCUUCCUCAUGUAUCCAUUGAUUCUUCCCUUAAAAUGUCCCUCUCUGCCAUUUUUACCUCAUGCAUGGUUUUAUAUUUCCAAACCCUGCUCUUCUUCAACAGAAGCUGCAGGUAGAAUGCUGAAAAUUGGAGUGUAGCAGCCACACAUGUCUGGGCAUCUCUUUCUGGGCAAAUGAUAGUAAAGAAUAUAUUGUAAAUGCAAUUGGCAUCGACAUCCCUAAGACAUUUUGGCACCUGAGGCAGAAAAUCCACUUGGUGCUCUCCUUGUUGUUCAAUUAAAAAGAAAGAAACUUUUAAGUGUGCCCAAAUAUCUACUGAUGGGGCUGCCUGCCUGUAGGGAUAGAUCCUCCAUCUUCUCUAUGAUCAUCACAAAAUUGAGAAUGCACCAAUAAAUGAAGCACAACUGUACAGUGCCUUAAUAAAAAUACUUUUUCAGAAUGAUAUGGGCACAUCAAGCACUUGUAUGAAUUUUACUGAAGCUGGGUUUUGGGUAUCAUGUUUUCAAAAUGAAGCUAUUGUAUCAGUGGCUGAAGCAUGAGCAAGAAAUGAACCCAAGAUGUGACCAGGUAAAUGAAAGGGAGAAUAAAGAGAAGGAUAGGUGCAGUUUGCCAAGACCUUUGCUGACUUCUGUGAGAGAAAGUACGCAGGCUGCUACCAUGGGAGACUAUAGUUGUGGCGACUUGCCCAGCUCCAAACACUUGAGCAAUCCAUCAUACUGGCGUUUUGCUAGUCUGUGAGUAAAUUUUGCAAUCCAGAGAACUAUGACUAAAUCUGUAUAUCCAGUAAGGCUUUGCAUUUGUAUUUCUGGAAAAAACCAAUGCCGCCCUUUCCUUUGUUUAAACCUACACAUACACACAAAGAUCUUUUAGAACUUGUAAGGGGAUUUCAGAAGCUGUAUUUGAGAGAGCUGUAGGAAGGCCCAUACAGGUCUAUUGGAAGACUGCCUGGACGGUGAUUAAGUAGCACUGGGGCUACCAAAACAUGUUGGACAAGCUGGAGCAGGCAGUCGUCUGCAUUGGCUACGGUUCGGGUGGAGAUAUGUCGUUGCUACAUGCUCAGCCCAGGUGAGAUGAGAAAAACCCCAUAGCAAAAUGGCAGAAGAAGAAAAAGAACACAGCUGCAGUCCAGUGUCCAUGGAAACACUGCCAAACGGGGAUUGUUGUGGCAAUGAUGCUCACAUGGGGGGAGUCAAUGGAAGCUUGCCAACAGGAACACAACCCCAGGACAUCUUCAAUAACAAAGGGCAUCCACACCAUGAGCUCCUAUCGCAUAGGCAACAAUGACCCUCUUGCCCUGCUAUAAGCCCCUAGGCAUCCUUCCAGUUCUGUAAUGCUAGGGGUGAGAAACUGAAGGGCCACAUUCUCAUCUGGGCAACCUUUCGAGGGCCUCAUGCCAGAGGUGAGUAGGGCCAGUGGCAAAAGCACGUGGAGCACUGAAUGCAAAUAUUACAUCUGCGCGGUAGGCUGGUUUCCACACACACUCGCAUACCCCUCUCUAUUCUCCAUCCAGGCAAGAAAUUGACACUAUCAAAACGAGUUCAAGGGCAAAUUCCAGCCAGGCAAAAACCAUUGAGGGGGAGAGGCAAAACAGAGCUGGUGAGGGGUGUGGCAUGGGAAAAGGGUGUGUGGCCAAGGAGGAUGAGUAGCCUGGGAAAAGGGAUAGGUAGAGAGGCUUGAAGGGUUGCAGGACCCCUGAUUUCUGACCUACCUUGCUCAGUAGCACUGUUUUGGAGCAGAGCACACAAAGCAAAGAACAGAGAGGCUGCGGGGCCUGUUCUGCUACUAGGUCUCCUGUGGCAGCCACCUCAGGUAGCUGAUGCUGGGGUUAUAUGUUACCACUGGGGCCUGCCCUUUAUCCCCAAAGCUACCCUGCUGUCUUCAAGGGCAACAGAAGUCUCUGUCCAAAUGCCAACGUUAAAAUAAGCUGCAAGUCCAGUCAGUUUCUAUGUACAUGGAAUGGGGGAGGGAGCAACCUCUUGUCCUUUGACUCGGGCAGUUGAAUGCCUUAUUAGUCUGGCCACACAACAUGGCACCCGCAGAGUUCCCGGGCCAUCCAUUUAGCCAGCAUGCAGUUCAGUUCCCAUCGCCUCUAAUUAAAACAGGUCAUUCGCAAGUUUCAAAAAGCACAGCACUUGCCUACUGUGCUGUGACAGUUUAUUAAACUCAGAAAAAAACAGUGGCACUUUGUGCCGUAAUGAGUGGAGAUGCGCUCCAAAAUUUCUUUCUCACUGAGCGCUUGCUACACAGAAUUUGCUCCCCUGGCAUUUUUCAGAAACUAUGUGCCCAGAAGUAUUUGCACAAUAUAUUUACUGCAAAGAAGUAGGUGGUUUGCAUUUCAUGAAAACAGGUUUAUUUUUGCUCAGGCAACAUUUCAACUUAAAGGACUUUGACACUAAGGAUAAAAGUUCAGCUGCAAGCCUAUGUGAAAGGGGGGAAAAUGCCACCUGGAGAAUUCAGGUACAGUACAGUGUUUAUAUUAAUUUGUACAUUAUACCAGUCAAGCAUGUGGAAAUAUUAAAAUGGAUGAUACUACGUUGUUGUUGUUAUUUAAAAAAGGACAAAAAGUUAUGCUAGGUCCUUUCUCCGUCCUUUAGCUUUGUGACACUCAUACUAUGCAAGGCACCUCCGCUGCCUUGCGGGCAACUCCUUCUGGCAACUCCUGCAGCCAAGCUGUUGCCAAACAUAUUGCUCUGCUUCCUUUGGACCACAUCAGUGAGGCUGAGAGAGGGGUCUUGUCAUCUGUGUAGCCCAGGACCUCCAUUCACACUGCCCAGGCUUGCGCCCUGGAGAGGUCACUUGGGUGCUGAUAAUGCAGCGGUUUGACUUCACCCCUAGAGGGGCACUCCAUUGUCUCUCGAGGCAGACAACAACAGCAGCAGCAACAACGACAACAGCUGCAGUUGACCCAUUUUAUAAAAGGACUGCAUUAUGCUCAUUUACAACAUCUACAUCCCACUUUCCCUCCUUUCUCCCUCUGUUUUAUUGUCACAACAACCAUGUGAGAUAGGUUAGGCUAAGGCUGCAUCUACACAGCUAUAAAAAACCGCUCUGAAAAUGCUCUGGGGAAAAAACGUUGUAAAGCUCACAAUGGAAAAUUUCAUAGCAUUCAGCUCUACAGCGCCAUCUGAUGUCACAGUGUUAUAACGCUUAUAUAUAUAUAUAUUUACUAAUGUAGCUUAGUCCUAAGAGUCAAGGUCACCCAGUGAGCUUCAUGGCCAAGUGGGGAUUUGGCCGCCAGUGUCCUAGAUUGAUACCCGAGUAACCACUAGACCCCAUUGGCUCUAGUUCUAGUUCUAGUCUGAGGCAUACCUAGGGUCCCUUGCAUGCUUGGCAAAGAGCUGUAUUGGUCCCCCCAUCACUUCUCCUGUGUGCGAUCUUGCUGCAAUAGAGCAAUCUGCUUAGCACUAUGCUGAAUUGCUAAUGGAGCAAUCUGCUUAGCACUAUGCUGAAUUCCUUCUUAGGUUAUUGUAAGUGCAACUAACUGCUCAUAUGACUGGCCCCCUCACAUGAACAGUACAGCAGGUAGAUCACAGAUCUUUUCCAGGGCCAGAAAAACAACAGCAGCAAUUACUUUUGUUUGCAACAGCGAUGCCAUGGCUUUGAACAGGAUAUUUGUAAACCAUGCUUUCCCCCAAUAAGGACAUAAGAAAAGCCUUCUGGAACAGGCCGAAACUUUAUUCUAGUUCCAAAUGUGUUUGAUUUCCUAUGUUAUCCUCAUCUUGCAUAUAUUCGCCUGUUCCUUUUUAUUUCUGUUGACUGGCUUCAUUGAAAUAUAAGGACUUGUUUUAUAUUGCAUUUUGGCACAUGUUAUAUGCAGCUCCUAGGGUCUUGAAGGUUCAUAAAUAAAAUGAGCUUGAGCAGACUUAACAAUCUGAUAUUGUUUGGGAUUUGUGGUAUAUCUAUUUUCCAGUACCUACAUAAUGAGAUAGAUCAUUGCAGAGCAUAAUUACAGUUCUGUGUACUGCUAAAAUUCUAGGCUUCUGGAAGAUAUAAUUAAAAAGAAGACUGGAUAGAAAUUACACAGUAUCUGAUUUGCAUUCUCAAUAUCCAUACCCCAUUCAUUGUAAAUGACCUCUGGACAGUUAAGUCCAGUCAAAGGCAGCUAUGGGGUGCAGCACUCAUUUCGCUUUUCAGGCCAAGGGAACUGGCAUUUGUCUGCAGGCAGCUUUCCGGGUCAUGUGACCAGUAUGACUAAACCGCUUCUGGCGCAGCAGAAAACCAUUAGUUAAAAUGGACAAGUUUCUUCACAAGUUGUUAGUGCAACAGCGUGCUUUGCAAAUAUGCCAAGUGAUUUGCUUAACUUAAAUGUUUUGAGUGUCCCUGUUGUUACAGCUCUCAGGACAGUAACAAAAUCAGAAUGGAAUCAAUUUUUCUAAUGAUGUCUUUGUGUCCCACAAAAUAUUACAUUACCUAGUCUGCCUCCUCCACCCUCUAUAACCCUGAAAUGUAAGCUUUGCGUUUUACCUACAUGCUGGGAUGAAUGUAAUCUAGCUCACAACUUCAGCAUUUGCUAAGUUUUAUGGAGAUCAAUAGGCCUCUGCUGCACAGGGACGUAAUUCCUAUUGAUCACUUUGCCAGGUGCAAAGGAUGGAAGUUACAAGCAGCUGGAGAAAUAUUACCGGACUGGAGCACACAUUAUAGUUGCCACAAGGAUGCUCUCCUUACUGAGUGAUGCCUGCCAUGGCUAGAACAAUAAAAUGAGUUCCUGAAUAGCUAGCUUACUAACAUUGGUUUGUUUCUACAAGAAACAAUGCAAAGAUGUGGAUUCUCAGAGCAAAUUAAGGUACGCCUUUUCCUUCGAAAUUAUAGUUAGGGCUCCGUAUCCCAGCUUCAACAUCUCCUUCAUUUGGUUCAGGGAUUUUAUUUCCCAUGUAAGCAGACUCCAUUUCUGCACGUACACCCAAAUCCACACACACCACUUUUAAUACUUCUCCGAGAAACGGAGGGGAGGAAAAAGGAAAACCGGGACAAAAUCGGAAACUGGGAUGGCUUCUGUAAUUCCGGGACUGUGCCUGGAAAAUCGGGACACUUUGGAGGGCAUGAAAUUGGAAUUAAAGAGAUUGAGGCAAAUGUGUGGUUUGGUUUGAAUUUGGCAAUCAAAGCCCAGUAUCCUUACAAAGGAUGCCUCCUGGUGGAGCUGAAAACUGAUAAAACUGGUUUUGUUGGCUGUAUUUUGAAAUGUUUUAAUUAUCACCAGGAAGCCCUUCCCUGUCUGCCAAUGAUACUUUUACUGUAAAUGUCACUACAACUGCUCCAGCUAGUGCAGAAGAGGACAUUAACUCGAUUGGCUACCCAAAGCUGGCUUGAUAAACUCUGCUGAAACUAGAUUUGGAUGCAGACUUAGUGGUUGUUGCGAUGUGUCCAAGGGAACGGGGGCAAUUUGCAGGCCCCCAGCUGGCUCCAGCCCACUGGCCAGCAGCCGGGCGAACUCUGGUCCUUUGGAACAGCAUCAAACAGUGACUCACAGCUUCAGAAGCCUUCAGAAACUUGAGCACGCCUUAACCAGCAGAGUGAAUAACACGCAACAGAAGUGGCCGACAGAGGCAUAUGUAAGGCAUAUUUACAAGCAGUUUAUUCAGCAUAGUUCAGGACAAAGAAAACAUGUCUGCUCUCUUUCAUGUCCAAGAGCAGGAAGCAAAAGCAAAAGCUGUACACAAACGGAAGUUCCCAGCAAGCUGUGCUGGAAUGUAAACAGACAUGUGACGUACAACAGCUCCACACAUAUGUUUAGCUGAAACGGAACAUCAGUAUCCUAACAGAGGUAUCAUUCCAUCUCACCUCACAGCCAUUUACUUCACCACCCUCCCUGUGCUCCAGUAAGAUUGGAAGUAGUACUUGGCACACCACACAUGCUGGUGCACACAAAGUGUUGAAGGAAACCCAAAGGGACAGGUAAAAAGGGGUGGAAAUUCUUCCAGCAUCCCUGAAACAGGACUUUCAGGAGACAGUGAAAGAAAUCAGAAGGUACUGGUGAAACUGGCAUGGCUUUCCCCUCCUUUCGCCAGAGAGAAGAGAUUUUUUUUUGGGGGGGGGAAUUGUGAUCAGCCUAAGUGACAACAAGAAGGCAGCUUUUUAUUGUGAUUUUUUUGCUCCUGAUGAUAUCAAGAUAUUUAUAAGCAAUUUCGCUUUCAGUACUGCUUGCAUCUGCAAUGGUUUGGGUGCAGACAUACUGCUCCAUUUCUUAUUGGUACAUAGUUAUCAUGCUCACCAUCACAACAGUAUUGUUGUUGUUGUUGUUAUUAUUAUCAUCAUUAUUAAUUAAAUAUGUUUAAUGCCCUUCAUCUGAAGAUCACAGAGCAGUUCACAAUAUAAAAACACAAAAAUAAUAACUAACAAAGACAAUAAUGUCUCCCCUUUAAAAGGUCAUAUAUUGUUUAAUUAGCCAAAGUCCUGGGAGAAUAAGAAAGAUUUUGCCUGGCGCCUAAAGAUAUGUAAUGAAGGCCCCAGGAGAGCCUCCCUCGGGAGAGCACACCACAAACAGGGAGCCACUGCAGAAAAGGCCUGUUCUCGUGUUGCCACCCUCUGGACCUCUCAUGGUGAAGGCACACAAAAAAGAGCCUCAGAUGGUCUGGGUUGGUGAUUUGCUUUAAGCCACUCUCUGUCCUUUCAGUUCAGGGGGAGGUUGAAGCAAUAACUGCCACCAGCCAUAACAAGAUGAGCAGAUAAGCAGCACAUUGAGAAUUACCAAGAUUUUCCAAGCACUCUCUUCUCCCAAGCAGUCUGUUCUCCUGUCAUCUCAGCUGAUAGCUACUCAUUAUGCGGUAAAACUAAUAACAUUAAUGCGGGUGAGAGGAUUUGAAGGGCAGGAAGGGGCUUAGUUUUCCCCUUGCCCACCAUGUCCCCUCCAUCUCCCGUUCUCUGGCCACUUCCCUACAGCUCGGUUCAUCCAAUGACAGUAACAACAGUCUUAAAGGGAUACUACCAGGCAGGAGAAGUAUAAACCACCAUCCUUUGAUUUUUUCCCCUAGCAAAUGUCCACCUUCCUCCACCCAGUGCUAACAUUAACUCGGCUAAAAACAUGCAGUCUGCCAAGGCAUACUUUCAGAGAGACACUUUCUCACUCUCCUGUUUGAGACCCAUAGAAAUGCAGUUUUGCAACAGAGAAACGCAGCUGAUUCGCAGGAAGUCUUAUAACCUCCAUUGCCACCAAAUCAGAAUGAAUGCUCAAUAAAUAGGGCUCAUUAACCUCUGGACAAACUUUGUGCAAGCAAAUAGCUAAAGGAACAUGUCAGCAAAUAGAGGAAAGAGGCAAUAUCAGGACUUCGCUCCCUGAUCCUGAGCAGAGGUAAAUAGGACUUGGAAAUAGAAGUAUUUGCAGCUGUUCCGAUGACUCCAAAUGAGUGUUUGAGGGGUUAAAGGGAAGAAUGCUAGUGAAAUGGGUUGUCUCUGCUGCCCUUGCUCUGUAAAUACUUAAGAAGCAUGUAGUGCCACACACAUUUUUUUUGUUGCUGUUAAAAAAAGAUUCCGAACUUUAUGAAUGGAUUGAACAUUGACCAACUUAUGAAAUUGCUCUGGUUUUUCUUUUCUUGGAGGGUUUUAAGGUAUUGUGAGGUGGAGGGGAGGGAGUUGAGGUGGCGGCAAGGCAAGUAGCUGAUCCUAAGCCAAAUGUGCUUAAGGAUGUCUAGUUGAUUUCAAAUGACUUUUAGCAGUAAGUGAGUGCAGGAUCAGGGCCUCUUCAUUAUUUGGUUAAAAGGCAGCUGUAAAACUGGGUGCUUAUUCUUAGCAGGACUCAUACUUUCCAACAUUUCUCUGAUGAAAAUAGGAAUGUCCUAUUUAAAACAACAACAAUAUAUCCCACCCAUCUGUUUGGGUUUCCCCAGCCACUCUGAGUGGCUUCCAACGUAUAUACAAACAUAAUAAAACAUUAAACACUACAAAACUUCCCAAUACAGGACUGUCUUCAGAUGUCUUCUAAAGGCUGCAUAGUUACUUAUCUCCUAGGCAGCGGGGUCACAUAACUCCAACAUUUCUCCGAUGAAAAUGGGGGUGCCCUAAGGAAAAGUGAGACUUUCUGAGAUCAAAUCAGAAACUGGAAGGGUUUCUGUAAAACCCUGGAAAAUAGGGACACUUGGAGAACUGAAGGGACUAAAGUUCAGUUACUUGGAAAUGGAUCCCACAAGCUUCGAUGGGUUUUGUGUCCGUUGGGGGGUUCACUCCCAGAUGUAUCUAUGAAAGGAGCUCAGCAGCCUGAGCCUAUGUAUUCUUCCUUGAUAUGAAAAAGUAAGUCCCACUGAGGCCAGCGGGGCUUUCACCCACCCACCCAAUUCUUCCCCAGAGCUGCUUCAAGGACGAGUUUGCUUUCGCCUUAACUUUGCUUGGCUCCACCCACGUCUGAGAGAUGCGAUACAGCUUGUCAGAAAGCAGGAAGAGCCUCCUGCAAGAUAAGAGCGCGUUUCUUCACUGCAGCCUCCAUGCUCACAGCAGUGGGUCGGAACGACUUGCUUGCCAGAGAAAUGCCCACCCUUUAAAAAGAAAGGGAAAAUCCUGUUUGGGUAAAAGGGGGAAGCCUAGCAGCUGCGUUUAUGCCACACGAGCAGCGUGUUCCUUAAGGUAAGAAACAGGUGUCUUAUGAAUUCCUUUCUUAAGAGGGAGUGUGCGUGUGCAUCUUGGGUGUCUAUGCUGUGUUUAAGACACUGUGUUCAGUGUGACGCUUAUAAGACGGGACUUUGUGGCUGGCUGUGUGUUGGAUGGCUUUGCCAAACCUGUGCCUUCUCUCACCCUUGUCUUCUUCUAAUUUUUCUUAAAAAAAUCCCAGUAUAUAUUGCAGAGAUUGGUUAUGUUAAUUAAGGAAAAGUUGAAGGAGCUCUUAAAUAUAAAAGUUCUUACUUGAUCGGAUUCUGUAUCUAUAAACUUUGUUGCCUUUGUUUCAAUGCAGUGUGUGCUAAUGUAACCAAAUAUUCAAAGUUGUGGGUGGGUAUAUUUGAUGUUAUCUGUUUGUGGGAGGGGCAGACUCUCCACAGACUCUCUGAGUGCCCCUAUUUUCCAGGGACAAUCCUAGAUUUACAGAAGCCAUCCUAGUUUCUGAUUUGAUCCCAGAAUGUCCCGCUUUUCUGUAGCGCGUCCCUAUUUUCAGCAGAUGUUGGAGGGUGUGGAGUUAUGCGGCCCCUGAGCCAAGGAGAUAAGUAACCAUACAACCUUUAGAAGACAGCUGAAGGCAGCCCUAUACAAUGAAGUUUUUAAAAAUGUUGAGUUAUGUUUUUAUAUAUGUUGGAAGCCACCUGGAAGGACUGGGGCAACCCAGUCAGAUGGGCGGCGUAUAAAUAAUAUUAUCGUUAUCAUUAUUGAAUAGGAUGUCCCCAUUUUCAUGGAAGUAAAUGUUGGAGAGUUUGCCUCCAUAAUCUCUAGGGUCAGUAAAGAGCUAGAAUUUGAGCCAACUCGCAAAUUCACGAAGUACACAAAGUUUAGUUUAGUUUAGUUUUAAAGCCAAGCACUGUUUUGUUCAGUUUAGGAUCACAAGUCCAGACAUCUGUGUACAGCUAGCAAGGGAUAAGCCAAGUCUUUAAUGUGACAAAAGGUGUUGAUGGCCCGUGUUGAGGAGGAAUCUUUGGUCCUCGGCAGACAGAGGUUGCCAAGUGAUGGGGUGGGCAUGCUAGGUGACAGGAAAAGAGUGGGCUUGGGUCUUAGCAAGGUGUGCUGGGAACAAGGAGGGAGAACAAAGGCAGUUUCUGACUGUAGAGGCUGCAACCCAGAGACUGGGGAGCAUAGCUGGCUGCUCUGGACUUAAGCUUGCUGAAGCUGUGAGAGGAACAAGGAGAGACACUCUGGAGAUGCAAUGCUGUGAACUCUAUUCGUCUCCAUCUAGAUCCAGGUGUAAAAUGAACCAUAUAUCUUAAAAAGCUACAGCCUCUGAAUUUUCAACGGAGUGUUUGGAACUUCCCUGAAUCUUGCUGCUGCUCCUCAGAGAUUGGAGUGGUGUGUACCAAUGUAGGGCUUGCUGAUCGAAAGGUCGGCAGUUCGAAUCCCCGUGACGGGGUGAGCUCCCAUUGUUCAGUCCCAGCUCCUGCCCAUUAUUAUUAUUAUUAUUAUUAUUGCACCUAGCAGUUCGAAAGCAUGUCAAGUACAAGUAGAUAACUAGGUACUUCUCUGGUGGGAAAGUAAACGGCGUUUCCGUGCGCUGCUCUGGUUUUCAAGAAGCGGCUUAGUCAUGCUGGCCACAUGACCUGGAAGCUGUCUGUGGACAAAACCAGCUCCCUCGGCCUAUAGAGUGAGAUGAGUGCACAACCCCAGAGUCGUCCAUGACUGGACCUAAUGGUCAGGGGUCCCUUUACCUUUAGGAGAGGGCACUUGACAGUGGGAAGAAAACGUGUGUUCACUAGAUCCAUGGUUUUCAAACUUCCUACCUUCAGGGAGUCCUUUCUGUACUGACAGGUAAAUCAAGAAACUCCAGAGCUACAAGGAGGAUUCUAGUUCCUGUGUGUUGUUGGGUUUGUGCUUGGGUUAGGAAAGACAUUGGUUGGCCUGUCAGGCUGCUCCAUGUGUGUAAAAUGAGGGUGAACCUUGCAGGACACCCCAACAUUUCCCUGCAGUUGUUUGUCACAAGGCAAGAUCAGGAGUCGGGAACAAACCUUGCGGGGACGUUUGUUUUCCUUUUACAGAUCAUCUUAUGAUUAUCUGAGGGUUUCCUGGAAUGUAGUGUGACAACGACAGGGUUAGGGAAAUAUGAACUUGUAUCCUCUUUCAAUAGAAAGCAACAUGUUAACAAGAUAUCAUGGCUUCUGGGAAGUUAUGUAUCAAUAUGGCCAAAAUCCCAUUUAUUGUGAAACAAGAAAUAAUAAUUGUGUGUGGAUCAAGGCAACAUGGAUUAAAUUGUUUGCUCUUGGGUUCAUUAGUAAGAUAGUAUAUGAUACAUAGUAAUUUGCUGGAUACUUUUGGCGAUUUUCCUGUGACUUAUUGUAACAAAACCAGUGGUUACAAUUAUUAACAUUCUUACAUGUAUAUAUUUUUAAAACACAUGUAAAGUAUUUGCAUGAAACACACCAUAGUCUGUAAGUUGAGGGGUGCACUUGAGCAGUGAGAAGCAUUAAAUUAUCUUGGCCAGAUACGUAGAAGUCAAACAGUGUGGUGGCAAUUUCAAACCUUUCUAAAAACAGCCACCAAAAUGUAGGAAGUUUCUUAAGCAGAAGUUCCUGGAGAAGGUCAUAGGAAAGAUGAAUCAUGGUGGAAGUGGUUACUGAAACAAUUGGCUUCUCAAACUGGCAAAUCAAAGCUGUCUAUAUUUCACAACAUGGUGAGAUUCUCCCAAAUUCUUCACUGUAGUUGGAUGGGUGGGGACAGGGCUUUUUUUCAGCCAGAACUUGCCAGAACUCCGUUCCGGCACCUCUCAGGUGGGCGCCAUUGUCAUUAUAAGAGAACGAGGGAGUUAUUCAUGGUACGUUCUGGCACUGGGUGAGGAGAAAAUAUGUGCACCAUGUGUACAACUUGUCAGAAUGUCUGACUGUGAAGACCUUAAGGGACUGUUCAUAGAUACAGGCAGUUAAACACCAUUGAUUGGCUCUGAGGCAAGUGUGCUUAGUACUGCAGCUGUAUAGCUGGAAAAAUCUCAUUGUGAGAACUUUCUGGGUUGCAAAUGCUUUCUAAAUGCUUUCUAAACAACUACCUGACAUUCAGAAGACAUCUUAAGGCAGCCCUGUUCAGGGAAAAUUUUAAUGUAUGACAUAUUAGUGUAUUUUUGGUAUUUGUGGAAGCCACCCAGAGUGGCUGGGGAGACCCAGCUAGAUGGGCGGGGUACAAAUAAUAAAUUAUUAUUAUUUCUAAAUCUUUCCUGUCCUAGGUGUCACAUGUGGAUAGACUAGGUAACUGCUAAAACUUAGCUUUCCCCAGCUAUUUAUUUAUUGAGCUGAUCUUAUUAAUGGCUUUUUAUCUUGCUUGUUGGACAAUAUUCCAUUGGAAACUUUGGGUUUUCGAUGCAUUUUUCAAACCACAGACACCUUUUAUAAAGUGGAUUUGUUGCACUUGGGCACUGGAACACAAAAGCUGUGCAAACCUGCAGUUCUGGUAUGCAAUUAUAUCCAUCCUGCAAAAUACUGACAAUCUGGAGGCACCCAUACACACAGCACUCAGAUCCUUUGAGGAAGGUAGGCAUAUGAAUGCGGUGGAUGGAUAAAUGAAACACUAGACCUCUACUAACAACCUUGCAUUUCAUAGUUACUGUGGUUUAAUAGCCACGAAUGUUUCUCAGUGAGAAUGGGUCUCAGUAAGUCAUAACUUGGAAGGCUGAACCUGAACACAAACUGAUGCACUUCUUGUGGUGUGUGUGUGUGUGUGUGUACCUCUGUACAAUAAUUUUCUGGUCCACUUUCAGUUAGAUCCAAGUUUCUAAAAGGCUCAACUAAUACUGUCUCCUGUUAGUUUCUACACAGGCUUAUCAGGUGUCAAACUCUGCUGUGGCUUAGCCUUCAGUAUGGAGUUUAGUUUGCAAAGUCCAAACUGGUCAUCUUGGUGUUGCAAUAACUGAAUAAUCUGGAUUUGUUGGUAGCAAACAAAUGACAGCAUUAUUUAACAUUCUUAAUGUGUUACCAUUCAUUCAUUUGUUCAUUCAUUCAUAGCACACUGUUGCUUAGCGUUCCUUACAAUUAUGCCAUUCUUUUUUCUUUUUUUUUGUAGUAGAACGAACAGGUUUAUUCUAAAGGCAGUUCUCCUUUAAUUAAGCAUUUAAUGCUGGCACAUUCAGGGCAUUCAAGCAAAAAUCUAGCAUAGAUGGGAGAACCAAGAUAGGUAUGGGAUUUCCUCUUGCAAAUGCCAUCAAUGAACUCAAGUGACUAUACUUUUUUUGUGUGUCAAAGCAGGUCCCUAGGAUUCUGCCUAGAUUUAAGUUACUACUUAGAUGAUGGGAAAGGACCCUGUUCCUGAAACCCAUGCCAAGGUCCUUGCUGCAGUUCUGUAGAGAUAUGUGAAUAUGUGCAGUUAUUAGACUAUCACACGGUAAUUUUUAAAGGGAUAGUUAAAUUUCUGUUCUUGUUCAUUCCUUCUAAGGAUGUGGUCAGUUUACUUAGAGUGCCCUAGCUGUCCACAUUGACAUGACUCUCUGGUUGUGUACACAUACCAGAAGGUGUUGACACGAUGGAGAUAUCUUUACCCUGUGCAAAGGAGUUCACACCCCAGCUAUAGGUGAAUUAGGAAAAGUGUAAGCCAGGGUUUCCCAACCUUAGGUCUCCGGCUGUUUUGGGACUACAACUCCCCUCAUCCCUAGCUAGCAGGACCAGUGAUCAGGGAUGAUGGGAAUUGUAGUCCCAAAGCAGCUGGCGACCCAUGUUUGGGAAAUCCUGGCCUAAUGACUCCAAAGCUGGUUUGAGAAACAAUGCAUGAAACUGUAGCACCUUAUAACAAAGUACAGGAUGCAUAUUCAUGUUAGAUUGUGUCAUGUGAACAUGGAUUAAAAACUCAGCACAGGAAACAGUGAGUGUGCUGUUGAUGGGAAUGUGGACACAGCCUUGGCUAUCAUGUGUUGUCUUUCUACCUCCAAGUUGAUAUUCUUAUCUAAGCCAGUGUGGGCUUGCAUUCAACUAACUUUUACUCAGGGUCAACCCGCUGAAAUUAAUGUCCAUGACCAAGUUGGGUCCAUUCAUUUCAAUGGAUCUACCUUGAGGAAAGAUUAGUUGAAUGCGACCCAUAGCUUCUCUUGAUUGCUUCUUCAGGACCAGUUGUAAGUGGUUUGCUUCCUUGCUGACUGUCUUCCCCGCAUGGGGAAUUCCUAAGCCUUGUCUCCCGAGUGACUUUGUUUUUCCACCCUGAUGAUUUAUGUGACACAUAGUUUUUCACAUUAAUGGCUGUCUUUUGCCACGAAAAUGUGAGUCCAUUCAUCUUUUCACAAACCUUUUGGAAAGAUUAAAUGUGAAACUAAGCUUGACUGUUUGUAUCUGUAUUUUGAACAAGAGUGUCUCUGUGUAAGGGAGAAAAAUAAUUACCUCAUGGCUAUCAACCAGUGAUACAGCUUGGUAACUUUAGUCCAUGGACUUAAUGGUUUGUGUGUAUUUUAGAUGGCCAUGUCUGUUUGUGUGUAUUGUAGACAGCACAUUAACAUUCCCCUUUUACCCUCUGCCACCAUUCCAUGCUUUUGCAACUGGUUCUACAUCCCUGAGAUACCCGAGGAAAACAAAAGUAUGCUAGUCAUGAUAAAAAAGAAAAGAAAAAAGGAAUAUCCCUGAGUGUGUGCAGUUUUUUUUUUUUUUGAAGAUUGGAAAAUGUUUAUUGAAUAUAUGGGAAAUAACUGUGUACAGCUAAAAACAAUGGCAACAUUAAGAUAAAUCCAACAGUGUAAAUAAGUUGUGAUGGAUAUAAUAAUGGAAUACUGAUUGGUAUAGUUUUCUAUAAAAUAUGCAGGGAUUUAGGAUACGUAAAAUGAACCAUGGAAAGAGAAGAAGGGAAGUCAUUGAUAUCUUAAGGAUGUAAAAAUAAGUACUUUAAAUUGUAAAAACAGAAAAUUUAAUCAUGUGCUUUAAAUGGAUGGUACGUACAUAGGAUUUGAAUCACACACCCGUCACACAUAGUUUCCUGAUGAAGCUAAAGAACUUUGAAACUAUUUUCCAUUUUGGAAUUGACUUUGUGCUCCUUUUCAAACCGCAAGUUGAUUUUGCCGCCCAAAUUGCCUGACAUUGUGACCUGAGGAUCAGAUGGUCUCUCUUCUUCUUCUUCUUCUUCUUCUUCUUCUUCUUCUUCUUCUUCUUCUGCUCCUCCUCUUCCCAGACAUUUCUUAUAAAUCUGAUAACAGUUUUGCAUUUUAAACUUGUGUGAAUCAUAUCACUACUUUGGGAGGUGGGGGGCAGAGAAUGAGUUUGCUUCUGCUGUUCUGAUCUGAAAUAUAUUUAUUUGGGAAUACAUACUGCAUCUUAAAAAGCAGAGACAUCACCUUGCCAACAAAGGUCCGUAUAGUUAAAGCUAUGGUUUUCUCAGUAGUGAUGUAUGGAAGUGAGAGCUGGACCAUAAAGAAGGCUGAUCGCUGAAGAAUUGAUGCUUUUGAAUUAUGGUGCUGGAUGAGACUCUUGAGAGUCCCAUGGACUGCAAGAAGAUCAAACCUAUCAUUCUUAAGGAAAUCAGCCCUGAGUGCUCACCGGAAGGACAGAUCCUGAAGCUGAGACUCCAAUACUUUGGCCACCUCAUGAGAAGAGAUAAGACUUCCUGGAAAAGACCCUGAUGUUGGGAAAGAUGGGAGGGCACAAGGAGAAGGGGACGAGAGAGGACGAGAUGGUUGGACAGUGUUCUCGAAGCUACCAGCAUGAGUUUGACCAAACUGCGGGAGGCAGUGAAAGACAGGAGUGCCUGGCGUGCUCAAGUCCAUGGGGUCAUGAAGAGUCGGACACGACUAAACAACUAAACAACAACAACCAUUCUUUUGUAGAAGAGAUUUUUUUAAAGCAUAAGAAUAAUAAAACAAGAAUUCCUAAUGCAUCUGCCCUAUACAUUUAAAGCAGUAUCAUGCUGCUUUAAACAGUCAUGGCUUCCCUCAAAGGAUCCUGGGACUGUUGUUUGUUAAGGGUACUGCUACCCACGAAGUUAGAGUUCCUACGAAGAGGGAUUGAUUGUUAAAUGCCUCUGUGAAUUAUAGUUCUGUGAAUAGGGGGAGUCUCCUAACAACUCUCAGCACCCUUAACAAACUACAGCUCCCAGGAUUCUUUGGGGGUGGGGGGAAGCCAAGGCUGUUUAAAUAAUGCUUCAAAUGUACAGUGCAGCUGAGGCCUAACUGGCUGCUUCCUGACUAUAAAGUUGUAUUUAAAAAUAUGAGGGAACAGGGAAUAUCAUGGUGGGUCAUGUGACCAUUCUGGCCCAGGUGCAUAUACCUAGGCUUUUCACUGAUCUCCCACCAUCAGCUGCUGUCUGGGGUCAUUAGCACCCCCCCUGGGCUCAAGGCUCAUGUCCUUGGCUUUGAGGUCCAGCCUUAGCUGCACCAUGGCCAAUGAUAACCAAGGUCAAGUGCAGCUUAUGAAGCCUGCACAUCAAAUUCAGCCCGUCUAUGUUUCAUUAAUUUGUGACAAUUUCAGCUAAAUGGCCGAAUGGUAGUCACAGACCAUGUCACCUUUUCCCUGCUAGCAUAAGAGAUGAAUUGCUCAACAUGGAGUGCGAAACAAUUGCUAAUAUUAAAAGGCUGGAUGCUUCCAAAGCUUCAAUUCCUGGUGUAUCACUGAUGCUGCAAGACACCGUGAGAUUAGCUUUCAUUUUGGGUCUCUUAAGGCAAGUUGGAUAUGGUUUGCUUGUCAGCCAGUUGUUUGCUGUUAUCAUGAAUGCCUUAUGUCUUGGGAGGAGCAAUCGCUAGGUCAGGAGUCUAAUCUUCAAAGCUAAGAAGCGUUGACUCCUCUCCAUAUUACGUUUAUGUCUCGACUCCAUUAGACUAAGUAUCCUGACCGAUGAUGUCUUUGUUUCCUCAGGUAUGAAUUGAUACUUCUAUCUAAAUUGUUCUGAAAUUGUUCUCCACAGUCCUUGAGCUUAGGGUUGCAGACCAGCCAAUUGGAUCUUGAAUGAAGGCAAAGAGACUGCCGUAUUUACUUUUCUAAGUGGAAUAACCUUUUUGCUUAAUUCUAGAAUUCAGAGUGUGCAAAUUACUGCGCUAAUUACUGGUGCAGUAAUAGAAUUGCGAGUGCACAACAGCAGUUUGGAAGCCCCUCUGUUUCUCACCCCACAGCCCAGGGCAUCUUAGCUCCUUGUUCUUAGUUUCCUCUGAUAUUUUCCUUACCCGGCUCUCCAGUUCUAAACCUGUUUACCUGUUUAGUAUCCUUUUCUGCAAAAAAUAUUAUAACAAUUAUUAUAUAUUUAUUUAUUUAUACCCUGCCUUUCCCCCGACAGGGACUCAGAGCAGCUCACAGAUAAAAUAAGAACAGUUUAAAAAACCCAUUUCCCAUUCCUGCAUUAUGUGUAAGCCUUUUUCUGUCCAAAAGUUCAUGUCCCUCACUGUGUAUAGAAGCUGCUCUGUAGGGAUUUCAUCGCUGAUACUCUUGCUCAGCAGUUGAAAUGUGUGUGAACAUUCCAUGCCAUUGCAUUACCUCUGAAAGGGCUUGGAGAUAAGGCUUUAUAGGUGACGCUUUUAGUCUGUUCAGUCUAUGUGCUGCAUGGCAUAAUUAUCAGUAUUGGGAGUGGAGAAAAAAUCAUGCUUAAUGGUUACAUCCAGAUUGUCUCUAUUUUGUGGAUGGGAUUCCAUCACAUACCAGCAUUUUCAAGUUGUACAAAUUCAGGAUUUGGUGCUCUUGUGCAACAAACCUGCUUCCAACUUGCCCUCCCCAAAGUAAACAAUAGUUGGUUUAAAAAUUAUCCAUGCUGUCAAAUAUAAAUUUUAGUAACUGUGGCAUCACUCACUGGAAUAGAUUCACAUGAAAUUUGGGUUCCAAUGCACUGGCUUAGUUUCUGAAUAUUUGGAUGAAUAACGGAUUGUCUUUCGAAAUUAAAUUAAAAUGGAAAUGAGAACAGAUCUUCCUUUGGAGUAUAGCUAAUAGACAGAGGAGAUAAUGCAAGUCAAAACAUGUAGGAUUGAUUGGUUUGUGCAGUGCCUGUACCUUUUCAAAAUUAUUACAGGCAGCUAAAGGAAACAGCCACUUUAGGUCUCUAAAUUUUGAAAGUGUGGGAGGAUGGUGGACAAAGGAAUUGGAGAGUCAGUGUAGUGUAGUGUAGUGUAGUGUAGUGUAGUGUAGUGUAGUGUAGUGUAGUGUCUAGAGUAACUCUGGAGACCUGGGUUCAAAUCCCAGCUCUGCCAUGAAGCUCGCCAUCUUCAGCCCAACCUACCUCACAGAGUUGUUGUGAAGAUAGAUCCAGAAAUAGUCUAUAGAAAAAGAUCUGGUAAUGUAGCUGGGCGGAGCUCCUUCCUUUAAAGAGGGGAGGGAUGCACAGCAAUGGCCUGUUUCUCCCGGUCAUGGCUUAAAAAAAAUAAAUCUGCUGCUUUCGAAAAUGUUUCUGGGGGACUAAAACUUUGUUUCUUUUCUGUAGAUGGAGUCUCCUGGAGUAGCUUUGAUGCUCUGGGUCCUCGCCUGCCUUUCUGGCCCAUCAACCGGCUUCCCAAAUGGCAAAGUAACAGAGGCGUGCAAGACUAUGAUGCCCCUACAUGGACACUCUUUGCCUCAGCGCUUCCCAAGGCACACCGUUGAAGUAAAUGUGACGGAGUUCAAGCCAGGGGACCGCGUGAAAGGUACUGUGAUCUUCUUGCCUCACUACCGUCUGCGGCAAAAAGGACAUAACGCUCACUGCUUCUGUGAUUGCUGCUGCCGCCUUCUUCAGAUACUUGGGUGCAGUGCUCCAGGUUUUGUGGGGCCCUUCGGUGAAGGGCCCUCAGUCCCAUCCCCUUGCCAGUGUCAUUCUUGCCCAUUUGAUUUCCUUCUUCGUCAGGGCCAGUGCCGGAUUUACGUACAGUGGUACCUUGGGUUACAGACACUUCAGGUUACAGACUCCGCUAACCCAGAAAUAGUACCUCAGGUUAAGAACUUUGCUUCAGGAUGAGAACAGAAAUCGGGUGGAGGGGGCGCUGUGGCAGAGGGAGGCCCCAUUAGCUAAAGUGGUACCUCAGCUUAAGAACAGUUUCAGGUUAAGAACGGACCUCUAGAACGAAUUAAGUUCUUAACCUGAGGUACCACAGUAUAAGCUAAACAAGCUACAGUGGUUGCUUGGGUUGCGAACUUGAUCCGUGUGGGAUGCACGUUCACAACCCGCAGUGUUCGCAACCCACGUCUGCACAUCUGCGCACGCUUGGGUUGCAAUUUGGUGCUUCUGCGCAUGCGCAAAGCGCGAUUUAGCGCUUCUGCGCAUGUGCAAUCGCCGAAACCUGGAAGUAACCUGUUCUGGUCUUCUGGGUUUCAGCAGUCUGUAACCUGAAAAAACGCAGCCUGAAGCGUCUGUAACCCGAGGUAUGACUAUAUAGCUUGGCCCCCCCACCAAAAAAAUGUAAAGAAAAAAAACUGGAUGUACAUUUCCAAAAUAUAAGAUAAAAAACAAAAUAAAACCUACAUACAGCAACAGUGUUUUGUGUUGUGUAGGCUCCCAUGAUGUAAGUAAUGGGCCCCGCCUGCUAGUCUGCUCCCUAAAAUAUCACUGGUUAGAUAUCUGUUAGGUCCAUAAAUUACCAUAUAGCAUAUAUUCAACACAAAAACAGCAACAAAUUGUUGCUGACAAAGGACAGCUGGACAUAUAAAGGGCCCCAUUACCUUCAGUAGCUUAGGACCUCAUCAAACCUAAAUCCGGCCCUGGUCAGGGCCUAAUCGACACCACUGUUAGGCGGAGAGAGCAAGGUGUAUAGAGGCUGCAGCAGGACGUGGGUGGUGCUGUGGUCUAAACCACUGAGCCUCUUGGGCUUGCCAAUCGGAAGGUCGGCGGUUCGAAUCCCCACAACGGAGUGAGCUCCCAUUGCUCUGUCCCAGCUCCUGCCAAUCUAGCAGUUUGAAAGCACACCAGUGCAAGUAGAUAAAUAGGUAAUGCUGUCACGGGAAGCUAAAUGGUGUUUCCAUGUGCUCUGGCUUCCAUUGUGCCAGAGGCGGUUUAGCCAUGCUGGCCACAUGACCCGGAAAGCUGUCUGUGGACAAACACCGGCUCCAUUGGCCUGAAAGCGAGAUGAGCGCUUCAGCCCCAUAGUCGCCUUUGACUGGACUUAACCAUCCAGGGGCCCUUUACCUUUUUACUUUUUUUAGAGGCUGCAGCUGCUCCUUCCUCUUGCGCUUGGCCUUGUUUAUAGUGGGCAGAGGAGACAGAGUAGACAUGAGGAGACAGAGCCACUCAGGAGGAACAGAGGCAGAGACAGAGGACUGGUGGUGAUGUGGGCCUCAGUGGCCUGGCUGUUGUUUUUCAUAAUUAUUAUAUUUCUUACCAGAAGGUGUCAGUAGUGGCCCCAAGAAAACCACUUGCAGCAGCAGAACUACCAGCACGGCUCCCUCAGCUGAUGCCUGUGCUGGUUCUAUAGAGAAGGAGGCACGCUUUCGUAUACUUGAGGGCCAAGUCAUUUAGGGCUUUAAAUGCUAAUUUGAACAGCUUGAUUUGGGCUCGGAAGGUACUAGGUAAGCUGUGCCCAGCCAACAAACCUAGCUUCUGCAUCAGUUGCACCUUCAAGGGAAGCCCCAUGCAGAGUGCAUUGCAGUAGUCUAGUCUGGAGGUUACAAGAACAUGAGGUACUGAAACGUUUACAAGGAAUCUUAGACCAGCAGCUCACAGUUCUUAACAGCAGGUAGGGAGAAAGGUACGCCCAGCUCCUCCCUUUCCUGGAAACAUAGAGGCAGGUAGGUGCUGGCGACAUAACUAGAGCUUAUUAAUAGCCAUCUCUUCCCUCGUUCUCCUGGUUUCAGUUAGUUUGUCCGGACCUCUGUUUGAAGGAUUUUUUCUACAAGCCCGCAGUGCUGAGAACCUGGAGGGGCCUGCCAUUGGCUCCUUUGCCCUAGCUGACAGGAAAAGAUCUCAGGUCCUCACCUGUGGGCGUGUUAAGGUAAGAGUCCCUGCAUCUUCCAGAUGGCUUUGGCAAGCAGGUUUCUCUAUUAGUUCCAAGUGGAUUAGGUCCUCCCAGCAGCAGAAUAUGCUGUUGCUACUUUUCCCCGCCUGCAUCUGCUUGGCAUGGCAUAGGAGAAAUAAAUUGUAUGAGUAUGAAAAUACCCUUUUCUUUUUCUUUUAAGAUUUAUAAAUGAAACUGGCAGAAGUUUGGCUUGGGAUGAAUGUUCUCCUUUACUGGCAACAAUUAAAUGUUAGGACUCCCCCUGCUGGGCUAUCCAUGUGAAAGCGCAUUAAUGGUUGCUGCUAGACGGCAAUUUUUAAACUUAGCUUUUAGUUUGUCUUUCCCAUAGCAUAUGUAACUAGAUUACCUUAGUGGACCUCAGAGCAAAGUCACUUCUCCUUUGUAAUAUAUAUAGCACAGCAGCCCAUCUUGUUACAAAUGUAUUAAAAAACCAAAACAACAAAUUUCUAGGUUUCCUUUUUCAGAAGGUGUUCCAGAAACUGCUUCCAAAAUUGUUUUCAAACUUUUUCUAACAUGGAGUUUCCUGGGGUAACUGGCAUAUGCCUUGACCACUAAGUAAUCAUUAUAAUAAUCAUUAUUUUCAUCAUUUCGUAAGACACAUAUGCAGAUCAACCCCAAGCCUGAACUGAGCUUAUGUGAAUGUACUAUGAAUUAAAAUUCAUGUGACUCUACUCUGAUGUCAUGGCUAGAUGUGGGGAAACUUAGGUUCAAACCUUGCUUGGAUUAUAAAGAUCCCCAGAUGAUCACACCUAGAUUUUUCUCCUGCCAUUGGUAGCAGUUAGUGUUGGCAGAGAAAUAUUUUUCUUCUAAUCCAUACUGAGCUUCAUGACCUCUUUAGUAUGUGAUGUUCAUAAGCCUACGAUACAAGCCAAAUAUUAAAAUGCAACUUGUGGUAGACUGCUUUAAUCAUUUAGAUGAUUCAUGAAUGGAGUAGUUUGCAUUAUCUCACUGGUAAUGCUUAAAUGGGGCAUUUGUUUGUUACAGAAUUCAGCUGUCAGCCAUACAAGUAAAUCCAAGAAAAGCCAUCUAGAUGCUUAUUGGAUUGCUCCUAGAGAUGCACCAAAGAGAAUACAAUUUCUGUAAGUAUGAAUAAUAAAGACAAAUUCAGCUAUAGCUGGAAUCUUCUGAUCGAGUGUUCUUAGGUUAGUCUCCUUUCAAAACUUAUACAGUGGUACCUCGGGUUACAUACGCUUCAGGUUACAUACGCUUCAGGUUACAGACUCCGCUAACCCAGAAAUAUUACCUUGGGUUAAGAACUUUGCUUCAGGAUAAGAACAGAAAUUGUGCUCCGGUGGCAUGGUGGCAGCAGGAGGCCCCAUUAGCUAAAGUGGAGCUUCAGGUUAAGAACAGUUUCAGGUUAAGAACGGACCUCCGGAAGGAAUUAAGUACUUAACCCGAGGUACCACUGUAUACAAAAACAGCAAUACUGCUAUGAAGAAGAUGUGACUCAGUGGGAGAUCAUCUCCUUUGUAUGUAGCAGGUCCUCAGUUCAAUUCUUCUUCUUCUUCUUCCUCCUCCUCCUCCUCCUCCUCCUCCUCCUGUACCACCUCCUCUUCCUCUUCUAAUUUUUGUAGCGCCCUUCAUCUGGAGAGCACAAGGUGCUCUAUAAUACAAAAAAUCCCCAGGUAGGGCUAAGAGAGAAACCUGUCUGAAAUCUUAAGAGAGCUGCUGUCAGCUAACAUAGACAACAAUGACCUGACUCUGUAUAUAGCAACGGGUGGUGCUGUGGUCUAAACCACUGAGCCUCUUGGGCUUGCCAAUCAGAAGGUUGGCAGUUCAAAUCCUCAUGACAGGGUGAGCUCCUGUUGCUCUAUACCAGCUCCUGCCAACCUAGCAAUUCAAAAGCACACCAGUGCAAGUAGAUAAAUAGAUACCACUGUGGCGGGAAGGUAAACGGCGUUUCCGUGCGCUCUGGUUUCCGUCCCGGUGUCUCAGUGCACCAGAAGCGGUUUAGUCAUGCUGGCCACAUGACCCAGAAAGCUGUCUGUGGACAAACGCUGGCUCCCUUGGCCUGAAAGCGAGAUGAGCCCCACACCCCAUAGUUCCCUUUGACUGGGGGUCCUUUACCUUGACCUUUUUAAUAGCAACUUCCUAUGUUCCUAUAAGUCUUGAACAUAUUUCUGUUCUGAGUACAGGGCUUCCCUCUUUUAAAAGCCUGCUUCUAAUAUUCUCUAAAAGGAAAUCAAUAUAAAUAUGACUUUAAAAAAUAACAUUACUGUUGUAUCACCAAAACCACUGUUGCAUCUAUAUUCCUGUGGCUUUCAAAAUAUUUAUUUUAGACUUCUCUUUCCUGAAAGCUGUCAUGUUUCAGAUGUUAAGAGAUGGCUCACCUCCACUUAUUCAAUGUUUUUAUUUGCUUUUGCAGAGGAUGAAGCCCAUUGGUGAUGGGUUUCUCUGUCUGUGGGGCAAGGCUAGUUGAAACCUCUGCAUGACAAGCUUGUGACCUUGUUUUGAUUUUCUGCAGCAGCCUUCACCAACUUGGUGCUGUCUAGAUGCUUUGAGCUACAGUUCCCAUCAAGCCCAGCCAGCAGGACCACAAUGGUUGGGGCUGAUGGGAGCUGUAGUCCAAAGCAUUUGGAUGGUGGAGGCUGUUUGACACACAGAGCUUGCUAAUAUUUGCAGGGAAAUGUACCAACCAAGUCUUCGGUGUGCACAUCUUUCUCCAUUGUCCAACUAAACACCUGCUAUCUUCUCCACCAAUUUGAAACUCUGGGUGACAGGCCCAUGCCACCGUGACAGGUGGCAACCAUUACUCUCUUGCAAUGGUAUAAGGUCAGAGAUUAUUUCCUGGUAACUUAACACCUGAAUAAAUAUGUAGCAGUCUUUCCCCAACUUGGGGCACUGCAGACAACUGCUGUCAUGCCUGACCAUUGGUCAUGGUGGCUGGGACAGAUGGAAAUGGACCCCCAACAACAUCUUGAGGGCAUCAGGUUAAAGAAAGCUGGCCCAAAACAUCUGUUUUGGAUUUCAGAAAGGACUUGUUCUAUGCGGAAGAGAACAGUACACAAUUUUGGUUCAAAUCUCGCUUUUGUCUUGUUUGCAGAGUCACUGUUGUAGAAAAAUUUAGAGUAUUUUGGGUAAAAAUUCCAGGUCCUACAAUCUCCCAGUCCAAUACACCAACCUUGGCAACACCUGUGGUGACUGAGGUGACUGUUGGAACUUCUCUGCCUGUUUCUCAUCUCACCCAACCAGUAAGUAGCGCUGAGCUCGUGAACGGAGCUGUUUGGAUUUUAGUAAAAUGUGACUUCAUCAGGGAAGAUUGCAGCCUGAAAAAGAGUUGGGGCAUCCAGUCACACACACACUAAGUGUCUAGGGUUGCUAUAUUUCCAAAAGUAAAAACCAGGAUACCCCAAAAGCGUUUUUUAGGAAGACCCCAAAGUUGUCGAAAACGCAAACCCCCCAUGAUUUCUCGGUUUACUUGCCGAAGAUCCAGGACAAUCCGCCGCUUUCUGGAAAUUCCCCCCGAAUGUCACUUUCGCCUUUGAAAUCCCAAUAAUGUCCAGGAAAUCCCAGACGUAUGGCAGCCCUAUAAGUGCCCCUUUGACCCAUGCUGAAGGACAGCCCCAACUACACUUUGCAUCAGCCUUCUCAGCUGACUGACUGGUGUGUGCUAAGGAAUGCAUGGAUUGGCUCCAAACCACCAUAGCCAGAUGACUUUUAUAUCUCCAGAUAUCUAUCUGCAUCUUGGUGCAUGGUGCCAGAAUGCACCAUAACUCCUCACUAGAUGUGCUUCCAGGGCUAUAAUUUUGUUCAAACUGCAUGUCCUCCCACUCCUGGUGGUGGACAUGUGUCACUGGAAGGAGUGUGUAAUAUGACUAGGCCUUAUCACAUCUUGGUCACACGAAUUAUGUAUUGGCUGAUAAUAUUUCUUGCGUUAAGAAUCUUCAUGACAAAUGGGGCUCAAGGUGAUCUGAAGUCUUAUGCCUAAGGCUCAGCAUUUUUCCCUGUUCAAUGCCUAAUCCUUGGCUCAAAUGCAAGUGCAGAAAUAGAUGCCAGCCUUUACACAGAUUUUCAAACCAUGAAACCACACUUUUAAUCCUCUUCAUGAAUCGAUUGCAUCAGUCAUCUGGUUUCUAUUGAAUCUUGUUUGCCUUUUUGGGUAGCAGCUAUAGAUUAGAUUUCCUUUCAGUCUUCUUGUCUCUUGUCAAGUACUGUAUUAACCAUCAUUCCCGCCAUUUCAAAAACUUAGAUGAAUCUUGUUGCCUCCAAUACUGAACUUUAGGGUAACCUCUUUAAAUGAUUAUUUGCUGUAGUGUGGGUUUUUUUGCACUUGGCCUCCUGCAAAAUGAACAGACAGUAUUUCAUUCUUUCUCCUCAUUAAAAUCCAUAGGGACCUCCUUUUUAAUCUUUACAGAGCUUGUGUAAUUAUCUGGAGCAGUUUGGUAUGAUUCAGAAAGCCUUUAAUUAUACUCCUGCUAAUGCAAAGUUUCGAGCAAUUAACAGAGCUGCCUGACUAAGACAAGAGUGGGAUUGUAGUGUGCACCCAAAAUUACAAAGUUUGAACGAUGUUGAUUUGAGGCUUGCAGCUUAAUAAUGGCCAGAGAAACUAACUGUAAUUGCUGGGUAGAAAUCUGAGGUUGUGGGAAACAGUUUCCCGUUAAAAUCCUGCAACGAUGCGAGUGCAUUUUCCAGAACGUCAGCCAUUUCUCAAGUAGUGAUCUAUUAGGUAAUGUAAUUUGGCUUCUUGUCUCCCUUAGUUCAGUGCAUUGGACUGUGGCAGCAACAAAUUCUGUGUGAGAAACCCUUCCGACUGUGAUCCUGGAGCCCGCAACUGCUUCUUUCUGUCUUUCAAACGAGACCAUGUCGAUUUGAUUGUGGUGGAAAUGAGUGGUCCUAGCGAUGGCUAUAUUGCAUUUGCACUGUCCAAUGACCAGUGGAUGGUUUGUAAACAUUAUUUUCCAUUCGGAUCCUACUGCCAAUCUGGGGAAUUUGCAUAGUCUUCUGGAAAUAAGAUUGAACCAUAAAAAGCCAGAAUAUACUUGAGCGAGGGAGCUGCAAUUAGCUAGAAGUUCCCUUCCAUGAGUAUCCAGGGCAUAUAUACAUUUCCAACUGCAUGACUGCUUGUACCAGUAUUGCAUAAGUAUGAAAUGUACAAAGCACGUUUCAUUGAUAACAUACUUUAUCAAAUCGAUUUUGUUUUGUACAGCACCCAGGGAUUUGCUUGAAUGAAGGGCGUUUUACAAGAGUGGCGAAUAAAGUUUUCCGAUGAGCUAUUCUUUGUAUUGGUGGUAGUACAGAUCCCGAGAGCUCAUUUUUGUAUGUGCUCCCAAACUCCUAGGACCUAGGGGCUUGCAUCAUGUCGCUACCAGAAUUUGCAGCCCCUUACUACUUGUGCAAGUUAAAGCUGAAUUGACUCUAGUCCUGGGGUUGUUAAAAUAGGAACUUCAGUGAAUGUGUCCUUAAAUGGUGAGCCAGUUUUGGAUAGGCUUUCAUGAGCCUCCAUUUGUCUUGGCUGUGUAGCCAGGGCCUGUGCAGGCACGGGGCGCUGCCUGCCCUGGGAAUGCCAUUUAACAAUCUCUUUGACGUUAUUUGCAGGGUGGUGGUGACGAUGCCUAUCUCUGCAUUAGUGACAGUCACCACGUUGACAUCAAGACAGCUUCUUUAACUGGACGUGCUUAUCCAGAGUUUGAUUCAGAGGUAUUUGUGUCUUUAUAUAUAUAAUUUUCAUUACAUUUUCUGUUUUGCAAUUUAAAAUACUCAUUUUAAGAUAACAGUGACUUCCCUUCUUCUCUUUCCAUCGUUCAUUUUACAUAUCAUAAAUCCCUGCAUAUUUUACAAAAACUAUACCACUCAGUAUUCCAUUACCGCAUCCAUCAAAACUUGUUUACACUGUAGUUUACACGUAUGUUCUUCUUGUUCUCUUGCUCUAUAUGUUAAGUCUGUGAGUUGUGCAUAUUCUGUCAGCUUAAGUUGCCAAUCUUCUUUAGUUGGGACCUAGCUCGUUUUCCAUUUUUGAGCUAACAAAACACAGGCCACAGUAGUAGCAUACAGAAAUAACCUUUUUUUAAACACCUGGGAAUUUCAGUCUGAAUUAUCCCCAACGGAAAGGACUCUGGUUUUGGGGGGAAAGUACAUUUCCCCCCCAAUUCAUUAUGGAUAAAUUCCCAGUACUCUUUUACCCUUUUACAAGUCCACCACAUAUGAAAGAACGUCCCCUCCACCUCUUUGCAUCUCCAGCACUUAUCUGAUUCAGACUUAUACGUCUUAGCAAGCCUACUCAGAGUUAAAUACCAUCUGUGAAUCAUUUUCAGGUAGUUCUCCUUCAAAGAAUAGCAUGCUGUAAACUUCAAGUCACUUUUCCAGAGUUUUCCCCCCAGAGGUUAAAAUCUACCGUAUUUUUCACUCUAUAAGACGCACCAGACCAUAAGACGCACCUAGUUUUUGGAGGAGGAAAACAAAAAAAUUAUUCUGAAUCCCAGAAGCCAGAACAGCAGAGGGAUCUGGCUUCUGGGAUAGCCUCUUGCUGUUCUGGCUUCUGGGAUAGCCGUGUGCAGCGUCUCCCUGGCAGCGGGAGGAAAGCUCCCCCAAGAGCCGCGCUCCCUUUAAAGAGCGCACGGAGCGUGAGUGCGGCUCUUGGGGGCUUUUCCCCUUCUCCCUUCUCGGGAAAAAGCCCCCAAGAGCCGCACACAUGCUCCACGCGGCUCUUUAAAGGGAGCGCUGAGCAGAGCCUCCCGCCUGCAUUCGCUCCAUAAGACGCACACACAUUUCCCCUUACUUUUUAGGAGGGGAAAAGUGCGUCUUAUAGAGCGAAAAAUACGGUAUAUUGUGUCCUAUAUUGAUUGCCCAGUUUGUCACUGAGGCUUUAACAAGCUCGUCUUUUCUUUCCCAAAGAGAGGUAUUUGUUUCAUGGACACUUUUUUAUUUUUUUUAAUGCAAAUUAUAGGAUUGAAUCCAUCAUGUUCCUAUGAUAGACAAGUACACUCCUACACAUGUUGGCUUAUUUGGCUUCCCCCAAAUAAUCCUGGGAACUGGUACACUACUCACAAUUCACAGCACCCUUAACCAACUACAGUGUCCAGGAUUCUUUGAUAACGUUUUAAGAUCGCACCUAUACCAGCAUAACUACCAGAACAACACAGCAAAGCUUUGGGAUCUUUGCCCUUUUCUGCUGUCGGUGCAUUUCAGAGUUGACGUUGAAGAAAACUCUUUGCCCACAUAGUUCAAAGCAAAGUAUUUUAUUGCUGCAAAUCAACAAGACAAUUAUUCACGUUACGGACAUGCAGUUAGGAGAUUCUGGUGCAUUGUAACCUAUACACUGCUAACAAACUAAGUAUAGUAACCUCGUCUUAGGAGGUUGAGGUAAAAAUGGCAAUGAGACUCAAACCGGACAGAGAUCCAUGCAGGCUGCUGGUUGCUUCUGGCUAUAUGUAUCAGCCAACAUACACACAUGCACAAACUCACUUCUCCCUCUGGUGAGAAAGGGGAGGGAUGAGUCAUGCCAGAAUCCUGCAGCCUCAGGCUGUUUCAGAAGGCCCACCACAGCUGGCAUCCUAACCCUGAACAGAAAUCAGACCCAGGGGAAGGGCAACUUGAGAGACAGACCUAAGCACAGUUAAUGCAAUUAACACCAACAUUUAAAUUACACUAACCUUCUUUGGGUCAAGUCAUGUGCUUUAAAUAUAUGUUCUGUACACAGCCUGGGGCACCUUUGUGGGUGGUGUGGUAGUCAUGUGAAACUGGCACAUGGAUCCAGCUUUUAUUUGCCUCUGAUCUCCAUUGCUUGCAAAGAGUUCCUCUCUUUUUUUGGAAUAAUUUUUUACUAGAUUUUAUAAAGAGAGAUACAAAGAUUAUUAUCAGAUAUUUUUUCUGUCCAAACUGAAACGUUAAUCUGAGUAAAAUAAAAACAUUGAUGCAAAGGUGAAGGAAGGAAGAAAGAAAGAAAAGUUAAGAAACUAAGGAACUUCCGAUUCUUCAUCUGAAUAAACAUUUUUCAACUCAUCCACUCCAAUAUAACGGCAAAGAGUUUCUUGCCAACAGAGCAUGGGUAUAGUGGACUCUGAGCUUUCAAAAUUGCCUCUGUUCCCCAUGGCUCUUGGUAGAGUGAUGUUGAGAAAUCACUGUGUAGGUACACCAAAUUUAGCAUUGGAAGUACAUUGGUUGUCUCAAACGCACUGUGGUUGCUUCCUAAAAGCCAGCCAGUUUGGAUCAGGAACAUGGGCCAUAGCCAAGGAGGAGGCAGCUGCUCCCCCAAUCAAUAAAAAUACAGUGGUGCCUCGCAAGACGAAAUUAAUCCGUUCCACGAGUCUCUUCAUCUUGCGGUUUUUUCGUCUUGCGAAGCACGGCUAUUAGCGGCUUAGCGGCUUAGCGGCUAUUAACGGCUUGGCAGCUUAGCGGCUAUUAACGGCUUAGCAGCUUAGCGGCUAUUAACGGCUUAGCGGCUAUUAAUGGCUUAGCGGCUUUAAGAAAAAGGAAACAAACUUGCAAGAACUCGCAAGGCGUUUCGUCUUGCGAAGCAAGCCCAUAGGGAAAUUCGUCUUGUGGAACGACUCAAAAAACGCAAAACCCUUUCGUCUAGCGAGUUUUUCGUCUUGCGAGGCAUUCAUCUUGCGGGGCACCACUGUACAUAGCAAAUUGAUGUUCUGCCCCCCGUGACAAAAAUCCUGGCCACGCCCAUGAUCAGGAAUGUUUGUUCUGAUAAACCCGGUUGCCUGUAAGCUUUCGAUGGCAGCACUAGGCAUCUAAAAAAGAAAGAAAGCUAUAUUUGUGGUCAUUCAGCUUGAGAGGCAGAAAUGUUAAAUUGGCAUUGAUUUAUUUUCCCCACAGCCUGCUCUGGAUGAAAUGUCAUGGAGGCUGGCUGACGGCCUUAUUCAGUGUUCUUUCAGAAGGAGAAUUCACUUUCCUGCUCUUCAAGGGAGGUUUAAUCUUGAUGCAAACUACUAUAUAUUUAUGGCAGAUGGGGAAGUCAGUGAAGGUAAGUUUGGAACUGAAAGAAAAGUGACAAAAAUCCUUAAGGUUCCUUUACUGGUUAUGGACUGUGGUUAGGUAAUGGAGCCCUCCUGGAGUGACUUGGAGUCAAAUCCGUGUGUGUGUGUAAUUUUUAUUAAGUUUUCUAUUUUACAAUUUAAAAUAUUAAUUAAACCUUAGAAUAUAAAUGACUUCCCUUCUUCUCUUUCCAUGGUUCAAUCUGCAUAUCGUAAAUCCCUGCAUAUUUUACAUAAACUAAACCAUUCAGUAUUCCAUUAAUACAUCCAGCAAGACUUGUUUACACUGCUGAAAUUAUCUUAAUGCUGCCAAUGUUUUCAAGUGUACACAGUUUCUCCCAUAUAUUCAGCAAACAUUUUCCAAUCUUCUUUAAAUGUAUGUUCUUCUUGUUCUCAUAUUCUAUAUGUUAGACCCGCAAGCUGUGCAUAUUCCAUCAGUUUGAGUUGCCAUUCUUUAGAUGGGAGCUCGCUCAUUUUCCAUUUUGCGGCUAACAAAACAUGGGUCACAAUAGUGGCAUACAUAAAUAGCCUUUUUUGACACCUGGGAAUUUCCAUCUGAAUUAUCCUCCCCCCCCCAAGGAUUCUGGGUUGUUUUUUUUAAAAAAAGUACUUUCAAACAUUUUUUUCUCAAUUCAUUAUAAAUUAUUUCCCAAUACUCUUUUUACCCUUUUACAGGUCCACCAACUUAGAUUCAAAUCCUUACUUUGCUGCAAAGCUCACUGGGUGAUCUUGAGCCAAUCACUAACCUCUUAGCCAAACCUACCUUGCAGUCCCUGUUCCUUGCAGGGUGCAGAUAAUUCUCCCCACCCUUCCUUUGCCAUUAACAUGUCAUCUGUUCUUCAUCUCUUGCACAGGAGGUAUGAUCCACAAACACUACAGGCAGCCUCUGAUCACAGACGGAAAGUUUAAUGUUACGGGACCGGCAAAGGAUAUUGGAGGAUCCCGCUCCCCUCUUCUCAUCAAGAUCCAUGGCAAGCUAAUGCUCUGUUUCAUGUGCAAGGAUGGGCUAGGUCUCCUGUGGUCCAGUGACUUGUAGCUGGGGUGGCGGGGUCUUCUUGCAGCAUCUGUAACAGGUGAACUUUCAAAGUCUUGCAGUUCUGUAUGGGAUGCUAGGGGGGACGACAGAAUGCACUGGAUGGGACCUCUUAUAGACAACACCCUGUGUUUUCUACAUGAAAGCUUCUCAGAGGAAGAAGGUCAUUUUUUCAUCAAACCUUUAUUGGCAUCGCAUACAAACAUUCAGAAUAAAUAGGCCAGUGCGAUCUCGUCGCCAUUUCAACAGUACAGUCAUUUGCCAAAGGGAAGAAGAGGCAAGCAAUCUAUUUCAUCUCUGGGGUCUCCAGCAAGGGCAGGAUCCUGUAGUGUACUUUGGCGACAAAAAAAUCAAAUAGAGGAACUUAGCUUCUGUCUUGGUGAGCUCCUGGUCUCUCCCCUGUAAUAAGAAGCGUAUAACCUCUGUUGCUGGUUUCCAUGUUGGAAUACAUGGAUGGUCUAGAAACUGUUGGUGGAGAUCAUCAUACAUUUUACAUUUAAGGGCCAUGUGAGCUAGAGUUUCCACCAGGUGGGCAUCGCAUGGGCAGAUCCUACCUCCUUCUGCCAUACCCACAAACCUACCCCAAAGAAGAUUAGAAGGAUUAGAAUUGAACCUAGCCAGUGAAAAAGCCCUUCUUUCUUGUGGGUAAAACAAAAAUUAUAAAUAAUUAAGGUUAAAUUCCUGUACCCAAGAGAGUCGAAAAUGAAGAGGGGAACAUGUUUUUUUCCGCAGUUGAGAUUAGUUCCUGGCGAUCUAUGUCCCACAGCCUAGUUUUUAACAUGGCCUUGGCGAUUUGGAAAGCCACAGCACCCAGGAGAUCCUCUGAAAGUCCAAGUUGCCGUAUCUUUGUGCAAAACAGUUGUAGCCCUGAGGAGGGGAAGGAGUCUGACAGAACUUUGCUAUGUAAAGUAUCUUUGUCUGCUGAAAAACAAAUGUUUAGCCAGCAUAAUUUUCAUACCAUCUUUAUAGGAAGCAGUGCAAGAACAGCUUCUGAUAUUUCAGGCUGGGGAUGAAAGAAACCAUAAUGGCUCGAAAAGCAGUCUUUGAAUGUCUGAAGCCAUAAAAGUGAACUUUGAUUUGAUUUUUAAAUUGUGGCUACUUUGCAACUUAUAGUUCUUUGCAAGAACUUUUUGUGUCUUCCUUUUUCAGGUGCAUUAAUGUUCGUUGCAUGGAUGACCACCGUUAGCAUUGGUGUGAUCGUUGCCCGAUUCUUCAAGCCUGUCUGGCCUAAUUCAUUGCUGUUUGGAGAAGAGAUCUGGUUUCAGGUGGGAGGAAAAGCCAGAAGAUGGCCAUUGUCUCUAUUCAAGUUGGAAGGGAUCUCUAAGGUCCUGCAAUCCAACCCUCUGCGAGAUUUCCCUCAAAACCUUUUGUGUAUUCCUUAAGAGCAUAGGUUCCAUUUUUAUUCUAAACAGAUUGAUUUUCUGCCACUAUGUUCCUUGUUACUAGAAUGAGUCUCUGGAUUCUAUUUAACUAAGCUAUUUUCUUUAAAAUACCUAACUUUUUAUCGAUAGGUCCAUCGUGCCCUAAUGGUGAUGACAGUGCUGCUUACAGGUGCAUCUUUCAUUCUUCCAUUCCUAUACCGGGGAGGCUGGAGCGAUGUAAGUGACAUUACAUAAGCGUGAUGCUUUUAUUCAACAAUGUAACUCCCAUGUGUGGCUAUGUUAAAAAUUUCAUGUUCUGACACUGUUCUUUCCCGUUACCUAUAAAAGAGUCACAAAGUUCAGAACUGAGAGCUAAGUUUGUUCUUGAUUUGUUAUGUAAGAUACCUGAUGUGGAUGACCAAGUGAAAAAUCCUGUAUUUGCCCUCUGGUAUUGGGAAACUUGUGACAAAGUUGCGAGAUUUGCAGUCGCUGCCCAAAAAUCGAGGAGAAUGUUCAGUGAGGAUAACAUGGUGGGAAGUAAGGAUUUAAUUGGGAAUGAAACAUAAAUUGUGUUUUAAUGUUGUAUCUAUGUAUAUACAGUGGUACCUCGGGUUACGAACUUAAUUCGUUCUGGAAGUCCGUUCUUAACCCGAAGCGUUCUUAACCCGAGGUGCACAUUCCCUACAUAGGCCUCCUGUGGCCCUGGAAGCAGAUUGCAUUCAUAUCCCGGGGCAAAGUUCGCAACCCGGGACACCAACUUCUGGGUUUGUGGAGUUCGUAAGCAGGACUGUUCGUAACCCGAGGUACCACUGUAUUUUAUAGGAUGUAUGUUCCUUUUUUUUGGUGGUUGAUAUGGCUGUGCUGGUUGAAACAACAAACAAACAAACAAACAAACAAACAAACAAACAAACAGUUCAGUGCCAGAAGUCUUGGGGUGGCUGGGAUGCUUGAAUAUAUAUGUUUGGGAGUCAUUAUCUUGUCUGCUAAUAUUCAUGGCUACCUUGAGAGAGGAGACGGCUAAUGAUUGAUGGUACAUGGAUGCUUCCAGCUCAAUAUGUGAUAAUUCCGGAAAACAAUUACUGUAUUUUUUGCUCUAUAAGACUCACUUUUUCCCUCCUAAAAAGUAAGGGGAAAUGUCUGUGCGUCUUAUGGAGCGAAUGCAGGCUGCGCAGCUAUCUCAGAAGCCAGAACAGCAGGAGGGAUUGCUUCUUUCACUGCGCAGCGAUCCCUCUUGCUGUUCUGGCUUCUGAGAUUAAGAAUAUUUUUUUCCUUGUUUUCCACCUCCAAAAAAUAGGUGCGUCUUGUGGUCUGGUGCGUCUUAUAGAGCGAAAAAUACGGUAACGAUUCAAAAAUCUGGGGACUUGUCAGUUAUUGUGUCUAAUAUGCUGUAGGUCCGAUGCCCUGGGAAUUGGUGGGGAGGGAUGGAGCAGCGAAGCCACAACCAUACUAGCAGCCCCAUUGCUGGGAUGGAAGGUGUGUGUGUGUGUGUGUGUGUGUGUGUGUGUGUGUGAAGGAGGUAAAUUGCUGUGCCAGCCUUCAUUCACCCCUCCCCAAAACCUGGUCCAAAGAAGGUUAGGAAUGCACCCUAAUACAAUAGCAUAAUUGUCUUCGGCAUUUGCUCCACAAUGAGAGCAUUAUUAUGCUAUCUCCUAGUAGCUUGGGGGUCUUUUCUUUGUUCUGGAGUCUUUGUGCAUGUGUGUGCUUCUAUUUGAUACUUGGUAAAUAAUGGUAAUUCUUUUAAAAAAUAAAAUAAAAGAGUUCUCCCCAAGUCUGGCUUUCUAAGUACGGGAAACGGUCCCUUAAGUACAGUAGUACCUUGGUUCUCAAACUUAAUCUGUUCUGGAAGUCCGUUCCAAAACCAAAGCGUUCCAAAACCAAGGUGUGCUUUCCCAUAGAAAGUAAUGCAAAACAGAUUAAUCUGUUUUACUAUCCAGCGAGGCCAUAGAUCCAUAAAAUGAAAGGAAUAAGCAAUGUACUGCUGUAACACAAUCAGUAGCUGAACUGGGUUCCACACAGUCACAAAAACAAAAAGAAAGAGCCACAAAAACAGAAAUGCAAAAUAAAUCGCAAAAACAGAUAGACUUCAGCAUCACACUCAAAAUGGAAGUGUGGCACUCAAAUCGGAAGCGUAACAUUCAAAGCAUUCAAAACUGAGCACGUUUGGCUUCUGAAAAAAGUUCUCAAACCAGAACAUAUACUUCUGGGUUUGCAGCUGGGUUCAAAGCUGUUUGAGUACCAAGGCAUUUGAGAACCACUGUAUUCAAGAACUUGCAUAGCAUAUCCAUGCAAUGACUAUAUCCUGCUGUGAAGUGUGGUCUUUGUCAAAAAAGCAUUGUUGGAGGGUUGUUCAUAACCAAACCCAUCUUUUAUGCAGCAAGCAGGCUUCCAUCCGUAUCUUGGCUGUACGGUGAUGGCACUGGCAAUCUUUCAGCCCAUUAUGGCAGGCUUCAGACCUCCACCUCAAGCACCAAGGUAUUCUUGCCUGCUCAAGUUACAUAAAUAUAUUCCAGUGAGAGUGCGAGGGACUUACCAGCCGGGUCAAGAGUUUUAAAGGGCAAUGAUCCUGUGGUUAAUGGGUAUGGAAACCCCAGACCUGCCCCCUCUUCCAGAAAUUUGCAACCCCCAAGUUUGCAGACUCCAGUUACUGCAACCCUAAUGAGUGUGUGGUGAUGUAAUAAUCCCCGUUCUCUUUUCACACCCCGGGCACUGAUGGUGUUUGGAAUCACGCACUGACUUUCCUUUCCUUUUUCUUUGGGAACAGAAGAGAAAUCUUCAACUGGUUACACUGGAGCACGGGCACAACUGCUAGAAUAUUAGCAGGUGAGUGAAUAAUUCAAUCUAGCCUUAUCUAAAAUGUUGAUUUGUAAGAUGGCUAGGGACAAUGGGUAUUAAUUAUGCUUUUCUUAAGUUAAUUUAUGUGGCUUUCUACGAGUGGCAGUCCAAUACUUGUAGAUCUUGCAUUUUGUGAUAACUUCACUCUUGCACCCUGCUGACUACAGUGGUACCUUGGGUUAAGUACUUAAUUUGUUCUGGAGGUCCGUUCUUAACCCGAAACUGUUCUUAACCUGAAGCACCACUUUAGCUAAUGGGGCCUCCUGCUGCCGCCGCGCCGCCAUAGCCCGAUUUCUGUUCUCAUCCUGAAGCAAAGUUCUUAACGUGAGGUAUUAUUUCUGGGUUAGUGGAGUCUGUAACCUGAAGCGUAUGUAACCUGAAGCGUAUGUAACCCGAGGUACCACUGUACUUGAAAUUGCUUUGGUUUCACAUGCAAUAUCAAAUAAAUGCACGUUGUUCCGUGACCACAAUCUGACCAUCACUGGGAGUGCAUAGACUACAACUGCUAAACAUUGUGUCUGAAGGCUUAUAGCUCCUCUAGAUAGCCUGUUUGUUGGGUAUUCAUCCCGACUUGCUUGUCCAAAGUUUACCUAUGUCUGGUCUUUAUUGGACACUUGUUCUGAUUUGCUUACUUCUUCCCAUUAUUCAUUUUUUCAUCCGACAUUUGUCAGUGCAUUUCCCUGUCAUUUCCAAACUGCAAAGAGUCAAUUAAAAAAUAAAAUAAAAAAUGUGUUGUUAUGGGUCCACAAUGCUUUAAAUCCACAAAUAUAAAAUUCAGCGGUCACUUGAAUGACUUCUACAAAAUGCUGAUGUUCUGGAGGAAGCCUUAGUGUCUGUACAUUGGAAACCACAGAGGGUAUGGAAUCUCUUGCUUUAUACAAGUGAGCAGGUAGCCUGUCAUUAUGUGGGACUCUGGGUUGUAUUUUUAUCAUGUAUUUUGUUGCUAACCACAUUGCAGCAACAAGUUGCAGUAGAGCACUGCCAGUUGAAAUUACUUGAUCUAAUUUUGCUUACUCUCUGUUUUGUAAACCUGGCCCUGUCCUUUAGUGGUGGUAAUAUUCCUCGGAAUGGACUUGCCAGCUCUCAACCUUCCAGAUCCAUGGGAUACAUAUACAAUGAUGGGAUUUGUAGCUUGGCAUGUUGGCACCGAUGUUCUCCUAGAGAUACAUGGCUACUGCCUCAUUCACAAAGGUACUGUGACCAAUCUCUACUUUAGCUUGCAUUGAACACAAUGCAGUUGCAAGAAGAGGCAGAUAUCCUGGCUCAUGAAAGAGAUAGCUUUACACUGUCUAAAUACCUGUUUGCAUUAUCCUUAUCUGCUGUCCCCCCCUGCAGUUUUCACAAUUGCUGUGAAAGCCCCAGGUACAUAUUUGAGUGGAGAAAUGUAACAUGAUAUACCUGAUAAAAUAAUUUUUAUUCAGGAGCAAUAAUGUGGCAGGAGGGAUGCAUAUCGAAACUAGCCCAUCACAUACCUCCUUUGCUUAUCAGUUUGAAGAGAGAUGGGUUUGAAGGGCAAAGAACUGCUGAUUGAUUUACUUUAUGGAUCAGGUUCUGAGGCUGAGAUGGUAAAUGCUCCUGACACCAGGGGAGCCCAUGGAUAAGCAGGCAUUUGAGCUCUGUUCUCCUGGGACCAAAUGGAAAUCUCUGUCCACACUUCUCUCCCCUGCCCUCUUGUGUCUUCCAUUGGACGGCCUUUCCCAGCUUGUGGCCUUCCAACUAUUGUUGGACUCCCAACUUCCAUCAAUCUCAGCCAGCAUGGCCAAUGGAGUGUCACAGCUUCCGCACACCUCCCAUAGAGUCUCUUGUACUAGAAUAAGUAAAGUGUGUUCCAGAAUGGAACCAUGUCAAGGACAGCAUCCCCACCUCUCCAUCAGAAGGUGCUCAUUUCAAACAGUGUCUUCAUCUCAAAUGAACGAGCGGCACCCCCUUUAUCUUGAACUGGUGGAUGAAGCUCAACAGGCACAAUCUAAAACAGGGCUGCUUAAAGAUCUAUUGUGUCCACUGGAUUGUGUGUGGUGUCUUUUAAGAUAAUCUGGUAAAUGACCAGAAACAUAAAGGGUAGAGUGUAGCUCUGAUCUAGAUCUGUAGGCACGGUUUCAAUUUUAGAAUUUGCAUUUUGGGGGAUUAUAUAUUUUUAUCUUCUACACUGCUUUGAUGGCUUCAGGCUAAAUAAAAAUCAACCGUGAAAUUUUUAUUUCGCAGUUCAAGUGUUGGAAGAUGACCGGAUACAGAUUCUGCAGUCCAUUACAACGGCAGAGGCACAGGUAAGUAUAGAAUGCAUGCGAGAGGAUAAAUAUAGGCAUAUAUAUUUUUUCUGAGCAUGGAGCUGCCUCCUAAGAACUAUACUACUUUCAGGGUGUAAGGCUAGCUCAUUUGAAUGCUCCCAUGUGCUUUUAAGCGAAAAGCAAGCUAAUGCAAAAGGUGGCUAGCCUUUUGCACAAGCUUCCUUCUUCCAUUCCCAUCUCCUUGAUGUAUCAUGUGCAGGGGGUUUCUCUUUCAAUGGGGAAGCGUUUGGAAUGUUGCCCCCCCCAUUUGUAUCCUGUAGUGGUACAUUCCAGAGCAGCCUUUCCUAACCUGUGGCCCUUCAGAUGUUGCCAGUCCACAAUUCCCAUUAUUCCUGAGUUAGAUCCACUUCACAUUUAAAGCCGAAUCUGUCCAGUUCACUUUCUGAAGCAGUGUGUGAACCAAAACAGAGUUAUCCUUUGAAAUUCACACUUAUCCAAAUUUUGUGAUGUAGUUCCCCAACCAAACAAUGUUUUACAGAAAUACAUAGACUGGGGGAAGCUGUGUGUAAAAAUGAAUAUGUUAGUGAAAUAACAAAGAAAAAUAAAUGAUAUUAAGGGAAAUUGCUUGCAAAAAUGUGUAAGUUAGUCAAACCUUCAUAUAAAAAUGUGUUUAUUAGGAGAAAGUCCUACUAAGAUUUUGAUAAAUUUUCAUGAGGGUUUUAAAAAUAUGUAUAUAUAAAAAAUCAAAUUUCUGCCAAAUAGGCACAAUUUUAGAGUGGAAAAAUGAGAAACUGAGACAACUGGAAAUGUUGUCUACCCCUACACCUGACCAUUGGCUUUGCUGGCUAAGGCUGAUGGAAGUUGGCAUCUGAUGGGCCAGAGUUUUCACCAUAGCUGUCAACUUUUUCCUUUUCUUGUGAGGAAUCCUAUUUGGAAUAAGGGAAUUUUCCUUAAGAAAAGGGAAACGUUGACAGCUAUGGUUUUCACAUAACUGCCGUAUAUCAUCUCCACUCCUUAUUUUUGCCAGGGCACCAUGCUGGAGAAGGCUAGACUGGUAGGCACAUGCCUUUUUUUCUGAACUGACUCAGCAUUUUCACAAAUGGUUGCAUUCCCAGUGUUUCCCUUUCUCUCUUUACAGGGGCAUACAUUUAAAAAGACAGUGCUGUUCAUCUACAUUAGUGGCAAUGUGGCAUUUCUCAUCACCUUCCUGACAGCAAUUAUAAAAGUAUGACAAAGAAGAAGCCUUUAAUACUCCUAAGAGCUUGCAAUAGAACUGUUGGAGACGUGUCUUGCUGAAGUUCAUAGCAGAAGGACGAUCUGUAACGUAAACACUGCCAAUUUGGGAUUUAAGAAACCUGGUCUUCGUUAUACAGCCGUUGCAGGGCAGAAUUAGACUUUUCUUGGCAAAUACGUUGUCCCAGCCUGGUCAGAACUGCCUUGGUCUCCAGCAUGACUAAACGCCUCCCUUCAACAUUUGUCUAUCUGGAUCCUGUAGAUUCAUCGGUCACUUCAAGACUCAAGGGAGAGCUUCCAUUUGAGAAGUUGGCCUUUCUUGUUCCAGGGUUGCCAUUGAUUUGAAAUGGACUGCCUGCCAUUGCACUUGAUCAGCUGUCCGUCCGUCCAUCUAAUAGGUCAACGUGUUCAUGUUAUUCCUAGCUAGUCUCCACCUGCAACCACCACCAUUAUGACAUAGGAGCUCCAUAUGCUCAUGGUCUAUCUAUAGGCUAGCUAGAGGAUGGUUAAAGGUCUACACAUCCCUCUCCCCAGCCUGCUUCUAACCUGAGGAUGGAUGCAGAUAGUCAUUGUCUCAGUGUGAUGAAGAAUAAUGGUCUACCACUAAAGGCUGGAUUACAGACUGCAAGGUAUUAGUUUUUAAGGAUGCCUCAUCCAUAGGGAUUCCAGCAGUUAUAUUUGGAAACAAUUUUGUGAGUCGAGAGGGAUCGAGAAUGGAAGCCAGUUAGGGGCCAGAUGUCAUUUGGAACAACUUACUUCAGGCAUCAGAAAUCCCAAGGAUUGUGUUUGACACAAACGUCUUGGAUUUGUAGCUCUGUUGGAAGACUAUAUGGUGUUAAGGGUGGGGGGGAAACAGCUCUGGUGGAGAUCUAACUGCCCUUUCUCCUUUGAAGCAACCAGUGUUCUUGUAGAUUACAUCUCUCUCCUCACUCUGAGUUUCUUUAACAGGUAACUAGUAGCUGUACCAGAAAGCUCUCUAGAACUAGUGCCAACAUUUGUUUAAAGAAUGAUUGGCACAUAUAUAUAUAUAAAUAUGUGUGUGUGUGAAAAAAACUGUCAACCUGCAGUCUCUGGGUGAAAUCCAAUUAUCCAUUGGAUGUCACUGCAAACAGCAGAGGUAGGUGGGUGAUUUUUUGACAAUGCAUCACUUUCCUACUCUAGAUGGUGUGGGUCCCUCAAGAAUAGCAUGGAAGAUGCUGCCGGUGGGAGGUAGAGGUGCAGGAUGAGCAAAAAUAAUCUGUCCUCAUCCAUUUGCAAAGGUUGCUGCUAGAUGAAAAGCACUUCCCACGGGCAAAAGGAUGCAAUUGGAUUCCACCCAUUGUGGUUCAUGUUGUCUUCCACACUGGAUUGAAAUAACUGGAUUUCUUACUCCCUGUCCCCUUGACCCUUUCCUUGCUUUCCCUACCUGCUACACCCUGCACAAAUCAAGUGUGAGACCACCUGCACUGAUUUUAUAGUUGUGCAUUACAUUCCAGUGCUUCAUUUUUUUAUCCUAUUAUGAGAGUGUGAAUUGCAUAAAUUAAAAGAGUUGCUUUGUGUA